GGUAUUUGGGAAAAAAGCUCAUCCCUUGUUAUCACCGGGUUUACUAUGGACUGAUGCGGUUUCUUGUUUACUUGACAGACAAGGCGUUGUUCGGGAAGGAUGAAUGGUUCUUUUUCACCCCGCGAGACAAAAAAUACCCGAAUGGAUCAAGGCCAAAUAGGUCAGCGGGUUCAGGAUUUUGGAAGGCUACAGAGAAAGAUAAACCGAUUCUUGGUUCUUCAGGGUCGACUAAAAUCGGUUUGAAGAAAGCUUUGGCUUUCUUUACUGGCAGCCCGACAAGCAGCAAAAAGACUAACUGGAUCAUGAUCGAGUAUAGAUUACCCGAGUCGUCUACCCAGUCAUCCAUAUCGAUGAGGUUGGAUGAUUGGGUGUUGUGUCGCAUUCGCCAAAAAGGCAACAACUCAAAGAACAUUUCACAAGUACAAGAAUACUCGAAUAACAAGUCAACGCAUGGUCAAACUCCAACCAUGGCACAAGAGCUCCAUUCACCGUACAUGAUUACAAACCCGCGUUUUGACAUAGUCUCAAACCGUAGGUUCAACGAGAUCCAAUUGAUGGCUUCGAUCCUUGUGGGUCAAGGUAUACCUUCACUCACCAAAACAUGUUCUCCCAAACUACUUCAACGCGAUAACACUAGUUUCGAAUAUGAAAACGGAGCUAUUUAUAAAGAAAACUUUACUUUCGAACAAGGAUGGAUCGUUUAAGCAUGGUUCGAGCUUGGCGUUUAUA